AUGUCGGAACUCAAGCUUGUGCCCGCAGCACCGCCCAGAUGGGUUCUUGAGCUGGAAUCGCCACCUCCAAGAGCCAAGGCCAACGGUAUCAUCGACCCGGCGGGAUUUCCCUCCCAGGCCCCAUCGACUGGUGGAAAGAAACGCGAUGGCAAGGACGCAAAAACGGCACCGCCGGCCAAGAAGCCGCCGACCCCAGAGCAGAUGGACACGCUGAAGGUCAAAAAAGCAUGGGAGGUGGCGCUGGCCCCGAUCAAGAGCCUGCCCAUGACGGCUAUCAUGAUGUACAUGUCGGGCAAUUCCCUCCAGAUCUUCACGAUCAUGACGGUCUUCAUGGCGUUCAAGAACCCCAUUGCCGGCCUGCUGGCCACACAGAGCACCUUUGAGCGGUUCGAGUCGCCGACCAACGGCGCCCAGCUGCUGCAAGUGAAGCUGGCAUACGUGGUGUUUCAGUUUGUGGCGCUGGCGAUGGGUGUCUGGAAGGUCAAUGCGAUGGGACUUUUGCCGACUACACGGUCGGACUGGCUUGCUUGGGAAUUCCAGCCGGAUCCGUUGGAGGUCGCGGUACCAGCACUUUAA